AUGGCAUCUGUUCAUUACCCUAAUAAUCCUCCUGCUGCAUUGUUUCGGAGGAAGAAGGAACAGAAACGUGGUAUUACUUUUAGUGUGUUAUUAGUUGGUUCAAGUGGUACAGGUAAGACUACGUUUGCGAACAAUUUGUUGGAUUCGACUAUUUUUGAGCAUAGGUUUCAACCAGAUAUUCCUCGUUAUGAAAAUCCAAUGGUUAAGUUGAUCAAUCCUACUAAGGUGGUGACAUUCAAUUCGAAGAGUGGAUUUCCUUCCUCUAUGACACCGUUCGAUCCAGUUAGCGCACACUUGGAGCCCGGUAUAACGCUUACUUCUACAUCUGUUGAAAUUACAACCGAUAGUACUUCAGAUGAUCCAAGAGAUAAGAUGUGUUUUAAUCUUACUGAUACACAUGGCCUUGGAGAUAAUUUGGACAAUGAGAUAUGUUUUGAUGAAAUCGUUGCCUACUUGGAACAACAAUUUGAUCUUGUUCUUGCGGAAGAAACCCGUGUCAAAAGAAACCCUCGAUUUGAAGAUGGCCGUGUUCACGCAGCGCUUUACUUUAUUGAACCUACUGGUCAUGGAUUGCGUGAAUUGGAUAUAGAGAUCAUGAAACGGUUGUCACGUUAUACUAAUGUGUUGCCUAUUAUUUGCAGGGCCGAUUCGUUCACUGCAGAGGAAUUGCAAGUUUUUAAGAAGAAUAUCUUGGAAGACAUAGAGUAUUAUAAUGUGCCCGUUUACAAAUUCGAAGUCGACGAAGAUGAGGAAGACGUUGAAACAAUAGAAGAAAUCAAAAAUCUUGCAAGCCUGCAGCCAUUUGCAGUGGUUUGCUCUGAUGUAAAAAAUGCUAGUGGGAAAUAUGUGAGAUCUUAUCCAUGGGGUGAUGUAUUGGUUGAUGACAUGGGGGUUUCUGAUCUCCGUGUGCUAAAAAAUGUUCUCUUUGGUACUCACUUGCAGGAGUUCAAGGAUACCACACACAAUUUGCUGUACGAAAAUUACCGUGCAGAGAAAUUGUCUUCGAUUUCUGAAUGGGAGGACCCAAGACGAGCCAGUAAACAUAACAAUAGCGCUGGACGGUAUUCUUCUACUCCUUCAUUGAGUAAUUUUGCAUCUUUAGUUAAUUCUGGGAACUUUACCUCGCAGCAAUCACUGAAUUCGAUACCAAAUAUGGAUAACCCUCCUUUAACACCAAAUAUGGAUCCAGAAGCAGUAAACAAAGAUGAAGAAUCUCCACUAAGGAAAUUAUCUGUCACCAUAAGACGUGAGAACGAAGAAAUUAUUAAAAAUAUCAAAAACUCUCCUAAGAGCGCUGACUCAACAUCCCGGGACAAAUCUAAGUUAAGGAACAUAUCGGAGACUCUUCCAUAUGUACUAAGACACGAGCGGAUAAUUUUGAAGCAGCAAAAGCUAGAAGAAUUGGAGGCUCAGUCUACCAGAGAGUUGCAAAAGCGUAUUCAUGAGUUAGAGAAAAAAGCUAUGGAACUAAAAUUAAAGGAAAAACUGUUGAAACAAAGAAAUUCUAGCACAUCAAGCAAUAACCCCUCUAAUGAUAGCAGAGUGACAUCUGAACAAACAAAUGGCACUGAAGAACCUGCUGCUACAACCAUUGCUAAUACCAAUGCAACCAAUGGAACCGACGGAGCCAACGGAGCCAACGGAGCCAACGGAACCAACACAACCAACACAACUAACGCAACCAACGCAGCCAAUGCAACCAAUGCAACCAACUCUGUAUCAAAUUCUGCAGAACUUACUGUUUCCGGACUUCCCUCAGCGUUGCCCACGUCGUCGACACAUGUUGCAGCUGACUCAGGAACUGCUAUUAAUCCCGUGAAUAACACUGAUAACUAG